UAUUCGAACAUUAACAAAAAAGAGAGAGGCAAAACAAACACAUACAAAGACUUCCCUUUACUCAUUUAAGUAGUUGUUGAACUAUAAACCCAUUUAUUUAACGCUAAUUCUUAUUUCAUAUGUUCCCACAACAAAUACCACUCCACCCUCCUUCCCUCUCUCAUUCUCAACCUCAAACAUGCUUAAACUCCUCAACAAAAACCUUCGUCUUCUCUACAACCGUCUCCGUUGGAAUCCCCACCGUAAUUCUAAACCCAAAAUUGUCAUCAAAAAAUUCGGAAAACCCAUUUCUAAAUCCCAUCAUUUUGACCAUCAUAUCACUUUUGAUCAUCAUCAUCAUCAUCUUCAAUGUAAGCCUCAAAACCCCAAAAACGCCGCCGUUUUUCCCAAUAAUAACACCCAACAACAACAACAACAACAACAACAACCUGUCCGUAUCGCUACAUUCAAUGCUGCCCUGUUUUCUAUGGCGCCUGCUGUUAUUCCCGAUUCCAAUCAUAAUUUCAAGUCAAAAUCAUUCAGUGAUCGACCCAAAAGUAUUCUAAAACAAUCGCCAUUACACCCAACUAAUCUAAACCCUAAAAAUAAUUCCGAUUCAUUGACGAAACAGCAGAAAUUUGCGAAAUCGAAAUUAAGGGUAUCGAUAAAUUUGCCGGAUAAUGAGAUUUCUUUAGGGAGAAGUAGAAGAAUUGGGUUUGUUGAUGAAGGGAAAAGGAAUGAUGAUGAUAAUAGUAAUAGAAGAUCAGUGGUUGAUGUAUUGAGAGAAUUGGAUGCAGAUAUAUUAGCACUUCAAGAUGUAAAAGCAGAGGAAGAAAGGGGAAUGAAACCAUUAUCUGAUUUAGCAGAUGCUUUAGGGAUGCAUUAUGUGUUUGCUGAGAGUUGGGCGCCUGAAUAUGGUAAUGCUGUUCUUUCUAAAUGGCCUAUUAUCAACUCUAAAGUUCAGAAGAUUUUUGAUGAUUCUGAUUUCAGAAAUGUUCUAAAGACAACAAUUGAUGUUCCUCAAGUAGGAGAAGUGAAGUUUUAUUGCACCCAUCUUGAUCAUCUAGACGAAAAUUGGCGAAUGAAACAGAUUAACGCCAUCAUCGAGUCUAACAACGAACCUCAUAUUUUAGCCGGAGGUCUCAAUUCUCUCGAUGAAUGUGAUUAUUCACAGGAAAGAUGGACAGACAUUGUAAAGUACUAUGAAGACAUCGGGAAACCUACUCCAAAAGCGGAGGUGAUGAGAUACUUAAAGGACAAGCACUACAUCGAUGCUAAGGACUUUGCCGGUGAAUGUGAAUCAGUAGUCAUGAUCGCCAAAGGCCAAAGUGUGCAAGGAACGUGCAAAUAUGGAACACGAUUGGAUUACAUUCUUGGAUCUCCGCGGUUAGACUACAAGUUUGUGCCUGGAUCAUACGCGGUACUUUCAUCUAAGGGAACAUCGGAUCAUCAUAUAGUGAAGGUAGACUUACUGAAGACAGAAAACACAAGUAUCGUUCAAGAAAUAGGCGCACGAAAGAAGCAUCAAUCGAAGAAACGAGUGGUACGAAUAACGAAUUCAUCGUCAAAGGGAAUUUGGAGCACAGAUAUGAGAUAGCAAUGCAUAUUCCCCUUUUAACUAUACAACAUUAACAUAAUGAAAAUGGUAGUGUACUAGUGUGCUUGGUAUAGUUACAUUUUUUUUUUUUUUUUUUUUUUUUUUUUUGGUUUUGAAUAUUAUGAUUGUAAUUUAUUAUUCUUAUGUGUGGAAAAUGGAUUGAUCCAAUGUGAUUGUACAAGAUUAGUUUAAUGUGGUUAUAAACUAACUUAUUGUUACUUCA